GUCUAGCGGCGUUCUGUUGUUGUCAUGGCGGCGAUUCAAAUGUUUGCCAAGCUUCGACUAAAAAUUAAAUCGUUAACCAUGUGCUGUACUUUAAUUAACAGUCUUUUGGCCACGCUACGUGCGUAACUAAUUAAUAAUUUCGAUACGAACAGAAAAAGUCGUUGCAGGCCAUGGUCGAAUGGAUUAUGUCGGGAUUAACUUGAUGUUUGCAAACUUCAAUUCAAAAGCGCAGUUAGCUUGCUAAUGCUAACUCGAUAUUAUAUGCGCUAUGCAUCAAUAAUUGUUUGCUAUUGUGACUGAAUUUGGCGGUUGUUGUUCCUCUAAUGUCUGCCCACACAUCCGUGGUACAGCAAAGUCAAGGGAAAGACUGGGUUGCUUUAGAUUCAACUCGAAACGUCCACAGCGAUUUAACUACAGGGAUGUCCCACACCAAGCUAUUGUUCAAUGAAGCCGUCCCUGCAAGUACCAGCAACCGUGCCACUUAUGUACGCCCGCCAGCCCCCAUUGUGAUAGAGAGGCUGCUGCCACUGCCAGAGGAGAAUGAGAAAGUGGACAGCACCAGAAGCUCCAUCAGCUUCACCACUCUCUCUGAGGAGAGACUGCGGGCUGCAGUUCAGCUGGCCAAGCGAGAUCUGAGACGAAGACGACUUGAGUCACUGACAAAAUCCCCUGCCAAACCCUCUCAAGAGGCCUCCCUCCUGGAAACAAGUGAUGUAGAGCUGCUUCAGGAGCUUGCAGCCUCUCCAAAUAAGACCAAGGUAAAGACCUCCAGUCCAAAAGUAAAAGCAACCCAACCUGGAGCCAAAAGGUCGGUGCACACACCCCAGAAGCGUCCUAUUUCUCCCAUGCCUCGGAUUGGCCAGUCACCCCCAACCAGAGAUCCUGGCGUAAAGCAGUCUGAAGGAGGUAAACAGGCUCCCUUAAGCCAGGAGAUCUGCAAGCUGCAAAAUGAGCUGGAGGUGUAUAUUAAGAAAGUAGAAGAGCUAGCCAACAGAGGAGAGAAAAUAGAGGAGCCACUGGAUCCUGAAAAGCAAAACAGGUUGGAGAUGCGCCGAGAGAAGCAGGCAGCCCGGUCAGCACGUGUCAUCUAUGUUCUCCAACAACAGGUGAAAGAGAUACAAGAGGAUAUAGAGAAACUAAAAAGCCAGAAAAUGUGGGACACCAAAAAGUCCAUGGCAAUAAACAGGCUUGCAGCUGCCCACCGUGGAACUCUGAGGGCCUUACAGGUUGUUAUCCACCAGCUUUCAGAUCUAUCUCAUGGCAAGGUACCCCCAUAUUACAAAGAGCUGGGCCAGCUUAUUCGCCAGCUCUCUUUGUGCUCAGCCAAGGUUGAAGUAGAACAGGGUUCAGCUGUGCCUGAGACGGCUCUCAACAUCCUGCAGAAACUAGAGACUUUGGAUUCUGCCCUCAGUAAACAAGAGCUGCUCAAAAAGAUGCAGGCCCCAGCAUGUCCUCCACACAGGAGGUCUCCUCAUCGCAGCAUGUCACCUAUUAGUGCACCCAAGGGUCCUGGCACCUCAACUGUUCGAGGGCCUUCCAAACCGGGAAACCCCAAAAGAGGUGCGCGUGGUGCAGGUAAGAGAACGGCUUCACAGAGGCCCAAAACUACUUUUCACCAGCUCAUGAACCGAAAAGAGGUGCUCAGGGCUGGCCUGGAGAGCCUCGCCCAGAGGGAAAGAGAACUGCAGGGACGACUUCAGGCAAACACCAACUGCAGAGAAGGAGGGGUUCAACGCCCUGAGAGAAGGAAGGCAAACAUUAUAAUGAAGCGUAACCAGAGACCAGCAGGUUUCCAGCAGCCCACAGUCUCCUCUCAGCUCAGAGUGAACCAGCUCCCCCAGAAAGAGCCCUCUGUGCCCUGGAUACCUACAUCUCCUCACUCUCCUCCUCCACAGCGAUCCCCUCAAAGGAGAAGACCAGAGCCUCGAUGUCUUUUCUCUCCCGUGAAGCCGUCGCCCAGCCCUCCAAGGCAGACGGUGGCCGGUGGUUUGGUAGCACAGUCGGGGUUGAGCUCAGAAAGGAAGAAACAAGCUCAGAAUGAAGCAUUAAGGAACGCCUGGCUGGAUAAGACGACGAUGCAGAGGCUGAAAGAGCUCAACCAGCUGAGUAAAGAAGAGACUGAACGCAUUAAGACAUUAAGGUCAGAAGUUGUCUCGCCAACUCGAUGGGCUGAGAGGGCUGAGCAGGAGGCCAGAGAGAGAAUUCAGCCCCUUCUGGAUGAAGCACAGCAGAUUGGUGAGUCCAGGAACAGGGUCAGCUCCUCGCUGAGGAAUCGGCUGUCUGAGCAGGCUGCAGAGAGGGCAGCAGAAAGUGCUGAGCAGCUGAGUGAGGCGCUCCUUGAAGAUCUGCUGGAGGACACUGCACGGGCGGCGUGGGCGGCUGAGGCAGACAGACAGUUGGAGGGCAUUGCUCAGUGUAGGCUGGAGGCCCCCACCCUGGAGAGUAUGCUGCUUCGUAUGGAGGAGAUACAGAGAGAUCAGGAGGAAGUGAGGAGACGGUUUGCUUCUAUCACCUACUCAGACCCUCUUUACUGGGACCGACCAGGAACAGCAGGACCCCAGUGCCAUGCCGCGGGCUCCGGGCCAGCCUCUCCUCAGCCAAUUAGGCUCACAAGGCCAGUGCUGAGGCAGAGCUCUGCAGCUGACAUUGUCCUAGAGAAACCUGUGGAGACUGGACACAGCAUCCUCUCUGAGAACAGCCUGACAGAGGAGGCAUCCCAAGAUGAAGCGCAGCCCAGACACAGCACCGUGUUCCCAGGCCCAGUGGAGAGGAGCAAGGGGACUGUUAUCUCUGUACCAGGCAGCAUGCUGAGAAACAUCCGGCGGUACUGCGAAGACUACGAGGCCUACCUGCGUGUUGUGGCUCAUGAGGCUGUCGGCAGCUUCAACCCCUGGGCCAUCGCAGACGGCCUGGCAGAUGAUUUGCUGUCAGAGGCCCUGGCUGACGUGGCAGCAGAGUUUCAGGAUGUUGUGGAGGAGUACGCCGAGGCCGUCUUCACCUCAGAGUUUCUUCAGCCAGUCCAGUCGCCUCCUGCUUCAGCUGCAGCUUUGGUCAGCCAAUAGGGUGUUACAGCAUCAUGGACAGUUCCCUCUAAAUAUUGUGUAUUUAUUUUAGCAGAAAAUCUGCAUCUACAGACUUUAAGCACAAAGCAUGGGUUUCAUUUUGGAAUGAAACUCUUACACGUCUGUACUCAUGUUGUUUAUUUACAAAGAUCUAUAUUUAAUUGGGAUUGCAGAUAUUUUUUUUUAUAUUUUAAUGGAGCUGCAGCAGAUGAGAUUGUUGAAUUGCACAGGGAGCAUUAGUCACAUUACUCUUUACGGUCCAUCUGUAUCUGUGAUUGAAUUCUGCUGGGAAAGUUAGUUUAGUUUAGAUAAGCUUGGAGAGACCAUUACGACAUUACAGAGGAUUAUAAGAUUACCACCCUCCCUUUGCACUUGGUUUAAAUCUCCCUGAGGAUUACUCACACUUUCUAUUCUCUCGUUGGAAUAUGGAAAUAAAUUAAUUGCAUACGGUCUCAACCAAAAUAACAUUGGAAGCUCAGGGCAUCAUGUGUUUAAUCUAUUGUGACUUGAUUUCCUCUUUUGCAUAUAAUGUGUAAAUAAAGGGUCUAAAUGCAGCAAAGGCUUUAUUUCCCCUCACUGGUGAAUGUGUUAUCUCAAGAGGUUAUGACCACUGUGUUUCUUCCCCCACAGAGCACAACAAAGUGCACAUAGUGUUGCUACCGACCAACUUGAAUCUUGAAUAAUAAUGGUAAAAAGUGUCAAUUCUGAAUGCAAAAUAAACAAGACAGACUUGGCAGACCGAGAAAAUGUCUGAAUCCCUUGAGAGCAACAUGAAAGCUGUGCAGACAGAGCAGAGGGGACACAUCCAGAUGUUGCAUUGGCCUGUGGGGACCAGCCUUGACAGGGGACAUACAGUGACUGAAUGAAUUAGCUCACAUUGAAUCAACUGCCUCUAUUUUCUCCCAGGCUGUCUUCUGUGUGGGCGUCUGAAUACGUGCAGGCUUUCACAGGCUCGAGCUCGGUUUCUUCAUUUCGAUCCAGGACAAAUGGAGAUGGCUCAAAGCGAGGGGAGUGUUGCUGUCUUUACACUGACGUGCAGAACUGAGGUUGUUCUGACAUUGGCGAAUGGGAAAUGUUAAGCACAUGAAAUGAUUCUGUUCAUUUUCAAGAGCUCAUUUCAAAUUAUUUUUCACGGUUAUGGUUCGGAAAUUUCAAACGUUUCUGCCGGGGAGACAUUUAAAAGAUAAUAUAUUUUCAUUUCUGCUGCCUCAGCGGGCACCGCUUAGCAUUCCACUGUGAGACUGAGUUGUCAGCAAGCCAGAUAAUCAGCCUCCUACUUUAUUUACUUUUACAUAUCUUUAUGUACAGCGAACAUCUGUCACAUAAGUAUGAACAUUCAUAAACAGAUGUUACUGCACAUAGCUCACAGUUAGCCCUGGUUUGCAUAUUAUUAUAAUUUCAAAUGGUCAGAGAGGUUUGACCUUGCCGUUGGCCAGCACUGACUCAUCAUCAGAGCUAAUUUCAGAGUUGGUGAGGACACAGUUGGCUGCAAUAUAUUCAUGAUGCAUUGAGAAGGGGCACUGUGCCGUGCAGGUAGAUCAAGGCUGCUUUGUGACAUCUGGGUCGCUUAUGCAACAUUCUCAGCUGAUGCUAGAUGGAUAUGAAAUCUUAUUACUCAUCUUUGCUGUUCUCUGUUUUGCCUUCACUGAGCAAAUUGUGGCAUUGUUUGCAUUUUACUCUGUGAAAGUUCCUUUCACUCAAAUUAUUGCGAGGCCUCAUCAACAGUCUCAGAUCUCAUGAAACACCUGCUACUGCUGGGCAGCUUUUGGCUGUUUGCAUCAUUACUUCAGUCACAGCUUUACUUUUGGGGGAUAAUUAGCAUUCCCAGAUCCAGCAGCCAGUUAUGACACAAGCAACAACGCAGAGUCCCUGCAGAUAGCCAGCUGAAAUCACACCGAUGAGUUGUGAGACUGAAAAGAUUAUCUGUCACUUUUGAAGCAGAUGUGAGUCUGAAGCAGAGUGGAUACAAUAGAGUUAUGUAGAGUUUUUUUUUUAUUAUUUUUAUCCUACAGUGUAAGAUACAGUGGAGAAUAGACUCUGACACGGAGAAUAACACACAUCAGCAGGAGGAGCAGAAGCAGAAGCGUGACCUUUUUUUCCCACGAGCACAUCACUCAUCAACUUGUUCAACUUUCUGCUUUUCAGCAAUCAUUACAGUGAACAGUGGGCUCAUAAACCAAAGCCAACUUCUGUCUACUCAAGUAAAGCUUUGUUGUUUUUCUAAUGGUUAGUGAUUGAUGCACAAUGAUCAGCCAUGCACUGCUUAAUCAUCAUAUCUAAAAGAAACUAAAAA